CGACGCUAAUCAUUCAAUGCUGUCAUAGCUUUCUUUCAUACUGAACCGCGAAGAUCAUCACUUCAUACAAUUUCAAACAUUUAGUUAAGUUUUAAUACAUCUCUAAAAUGCAACGCGGAAGAGGUUCGGAAUAUAGAGGUGGUGGAGGAGAACGCGGAAGAAGUUCUGAAAAUAGAGGAGGAGACAGAGGUAGACGUGGCGGCGGUAAUGGUGGUGGUGGCGGCGGUUAUCGUGGCAACCGCGGUGGUGAUGGUGGCGGCGGCGGCGGUUAUCGUGGCAACCGCGGUGGUGGUGAUGGUGGCGGCAACCGUGGCUGGCAACCUCGCGGCGGCGGUGGUGGCCAACGUAGUGGACCACGCGGUGGUGGAGAACGUAGCACUGGCACGUAUCGUGGGCGCGGUGAUGGACUUGGCUGUUAUCCUGCCUCUGAAUCAUCUAGUUCUGGUGGUUUGCCAUCAACAGCAAGUUGGGGACGUUCUCAUCAGUCUGAUGAGUCCCUUUCUAGUGGAAUUAUGAGUGGUUCUUCCUGUUCAAACGUUGGUCAAAGUCGUGAUAACACUGAGGCAAAAACUAUUGCUGCAAUUGACCAAUUACGUGGAGGUGUGCGGGGUAAACGUGUUUUAACUGAAGUUAUACAACACACUCGACCAGUGUCGUGCGUAAAUAAGCAAGGUGCAGUUGGUCGUCCAGUUAUGGUUCAGACGAACUAUUUUCGUCUAUUAAAAACACCGGAAUGGGUUAUACAUCAGUACCGUGUUGAUUUUGCACCAGAAGUCGAUUUGUUACAUGUACGUCGUGGAAUGAUAGGACAGCAUAAAGAUUUGUUUGGAGGUUACGUUUUUGAUGGUACUUUGUUAUUUUCAACACAAAAUUUGAAAAGUAUAAUGGUAAAUGAUGUCCAUGAGAUACUAACAAAGGAUCGUGCAGAAAACACAGUACAAAUUAAAAUUAAACAUGUUGGCAUAGUAGAGUCGACUGACAUGCAACAGAUGCAAGUACUCAACUUGAUUUUACGUCGAUCUAUGGAAGGCUUGAAACUACAACAAUUGAAUCGAAAUUUCUUUGAUCCAGUAGCUAAAAUACGCAUUGAGAAUUUCCGUUUGGAAAUUUGGCCGGGAUACAUUACCUCUAUUCGUCAGCAUGAGCUGGAUGUACUGAUGUGUGCUGAAAUCGCACAUAAGGUUUUGCGCACUGAUACAAUUUACAACAUUUUGACUCAAUUAGUGAAAGAGUCAUCAGAUUAUCAGAACGCAUUUAAGGCCGAAGUAAUUGGCAUGGUAGUAAUUACUGAUUACAAUAACAAAACUUACCGUGUGAGUGAUGUAGAUUUCGGUAUGUCGCCCAGAUCCACUUUCAAACAAAAGGAAAAAGAUGUCACAUUCGCAGAUUACUACAAACAAGUAAGCAGAAAUUCUCUUAUAACAAAUAUAUAG